AGUUUUGGAAUAUUAAUUUGUUUUUAAAAUAUGGCGUCUUCAAAAGAAGGACUUGUGAGAAAUGGAAUACCGAUUGAAAAAGAAACUGCCUUCAAUGCAUUUUAUACUGAGGUCAAAGAAAUUGAGAAAAGAGAUUCGGUGCUUACUCCAAAACAACAAAUAGAGAGAUUGCUCAGACCAGGUUCUACAUAUUUUAAUUUAAAUCCGUUCGAGGUUUUACAGAUCGAUCCAGACUUGCCUGUUGAAGAAGCGAAAAAGAAAUAUAGGAGGUUGUCAAUUUUGGUCCAUCCUGAUAAAAACCAAGAUGAUCCUGAGAGGGCACAAACUGCCUUCGAAAUUGUUAACAAAGCUUGGAAAACCUUGGAGAAUGAGGAUACAAGAAAAAAAUGUAUGGACGUUAUCGAGGAGGCGAGGGGACGAACUGACUUGAUGAUCGAGGAAAAAAGAAAAAGACAGAAAAAAGAAGGAAAAGGAGCCGAAGUGGAAGAAGAUGAUCCAAUGAAAUAUAAGCAUGCAGUAUAUGUCAUGACAAUGAAGCUGUUUGCCGAUAUGGAACGGAAACGAAGAGAGCUAGAGAUAAGAGAUACUGAAGAGAGAAAACGUAAACGGGAGGCGGAAAUAGAAGAGGAAGAAGCAGCUAAGAUCAAUAAAGAAUGGCAAAAAAAUUUUGAGGAAUCAAGGCAGAAUCGAGUAGACAGUUGGAAAGCUUUUCAAGCUGGAGGUGGUGCUGCUAAAAGUAAAGUGAAAAAAGUUAAAGGUUUUAAGCCACCGAAACAUAAAGCUGAAACGAGAUAAUGAACAUGUUCUUAUUAACUUACGUUCGUUGAGUUUAAAAUCUUUUUAACCUCACUCUAUUGUUUAUAAACUUUUGUAAAUGAUUAUUUCUGUAGAUAUCAUAAGAUGUGUCGAAGAUAAUAUUUAAAUUAAAUGGACAUUAUAUUCAUAUAUAAAUAUGAAUAAAUAAAAGUUUAGGCGACAGUUGAUAUUGUGAAAUAUCUUUGGAUUAGGAUGAAGUUUCUUUCUCCUAAUACUUACGAUUUCUUUUGUUGGUGGAUUGAAGUUGUCAUAAACUUCGGUGUAAAAUUAAAUAUUUAAUUACAAGUUUAAAUCUUCAAUUUUGUUAAAAUUUGCCUGUUUAAUUAUAAAAUGGUUGCACAUUUAAUUUUAAAAAAUUGUGACAUAUUC